GUAGUGUGUAACCCAUGUGUGUAGCUGUUAAAAUGUGUUUCAUAAACAAUGUCGGAUGACGACAUUAAGGGUGAAGUAUUUAUUAUUGGUAAAUAUCGUGGUAAAACUUUUGAGGAGGUAUAUCGCACGGACGCGGGAUACGUUUCAUGGGCUAAGCAGAUAGACACACCUACUGGGCAGCUCUUUCGUUUCCGCUUAUACAUACAUAAUCGUGAAUCUAAUACAAGUGGGAAUGCAGCACCGUCUUUUACAACUGCUGCUGUAAAACCGUUUAAUCCAUCUCAGCCACUUCCCAGUGUGCGUCCAUCUGUUAGUAACAGCUCAACGGCUCCUAAGGAAUCACUAGGACGUUGCUUAGAUGCAAAAUGGCGUCGUCUAACAGAUCGUCGUGAGGAUGACUGUGAUAAAAAUGACGAGUUCGAAUUACACCGUUGGCGAGCCAAACGUGCCAAUACCGCUAAAGGCGAUUUUAAUGAGUUGACCACUUUACAGGAUAUUCUUAAGGUAACCGUUGACAAUGACAAGCCGAAUGAGAAGGCUAUUACACUCUCGGAUACAUCCCCUGAGUCUGUAUCAACUAUGGUCUCCAUUUUCGACAAUUCUAGAAAAAGCAGGGUAAUUGUCAGUUCUGGUAGCGUCAGAUCAUCUGCUAGUGGCAGCCCGGUUCAAGUUGAAUAUAAGUCACCUUCUGGUGAAAGUUCAUUUUCCUUGGACAACAGCAGUACUGAGUUGCUUGAGGACAUUAAGGACCUAGAGGAAUCGGGUGCAUUCAAGGAUUUUCCAUCUAGUUUUAUUACUGAAGCUACUGGAUUAACGGCAUCUUCAGGUCUAGCAGAUACAGAAGCUACGUCUUCUUCCGGUAUACCAGAUUCAAAUGACACUAAUGAUGGAAGCUCUACUCUACGUAUUGAGGGCAUGCUCGCUCUGGUAUUAUAUUCUGACUCCGAAUUUUACAUAGCAUACCAAAAACCAUCUGCCAAUGGUCUUCCAUCAUGGACAUCCGUUGUUCCUCCGGAACUAUUCCAGUUUUUGGCAUCUCUACAAUGUGGAAUGCGUAGUGUGAAGGAUCAGCGUCACUCAUAUUUAAUAUUUCACGCUAACCAAUAUGACGUCGUAUUGAAGGCACUGCGCAAGGCACUAAGUAAGAAAAAGUGUCCAGUGGACCCUAUUCCCAACUUUAUUCUUCGUUCAUUUUCUGAGUUCGAUAGGUAUGCCCGGAAAAUCAACCUGCCUGAGAAGACGCAAGACUCACUUUCUGGCCAUUUGUGCCCGUAUACAUCUAAUAACUUGGAUAAUGUCCAUACCUUGGUUGGUGAUGAGCUAUACAACCAAUUGAAGCCAUUUCAACGCGAGGGCGUUAAUUACGGUAUACGUCGAAACGGACGUGUGUUGAUUGGCGAUGAAAUGGGUUUGGGUAAAACACUUCAAGCUCUUGCUAUAUCGGCUUUCUACAGGAUAAACUGGCCCUUAUUGAUUAUAUGCCCAUCAUCCCUACGUUUCCAAUGGCGUGAGCAAUGUCUCCGUUGGUUGCCUCAUUUAGUAAAAUCUGAUGAUAUUUGCAUGAUCAUGACUGGUAAAACGGAGUACACUGAUGAAACAAAGAUUGUGAUCACAUCAUACGAUCUAUGUGUGAGUAACCGUAGAUUGCGGCAUGGGUUUGAGACGAUCAUCUGUGAUGAAUCUCAUUACCUAAAGAACCAAAAUGCCAAGCGCACUCAGUUUAUCACUCCACUGCUUAAGGAGGCAACUCGUGUCAUAUUACUAUCGGGAACACCAUCGUUGAAUAACCCGGCUGAGCUAUAUGAGCAGCUCUCGUGCCUCAUUCCUUCGUUUUGUUCGUCCAGUACGUUUGUUGAGCGAUAUUGCGAAAAGCGACUACACUGGUUUACCAAACGUAUGACCUAUUCCGGCUCUCAGCAUGCCUCGGAGUUGCAUAUGUUUCUCGUAAAGACUGUUAUGAUACGUCGUCUGAAGGAAAAUGUGCUAAACGAGCUACCUCCGAAAAUCCGCUCCAAGGUGCCUAUCUACAUCGCACCUGAUAUAUUACGCGGCUUAAGUAAAACGGGACCGGCAAUCAUCAACAGCAAGCCUAAUUUCAAUGCCCCGAAUACUCAAGAGGUGUUUAGGAAGACUGGUGAGGCUAAGGUCAAGGGUGUAUGUGACUACGUUUUACACCUAAUUAAAAGCUCGGUGAAGUUUAUUAUCUUUGCGCACCACAUGUUCAUGAUGGAUGCCAUUGAACAGGUUCUUAAAGCGCAGCACUGCUGUUACAUGCGUAUUGACGGUUCCACUAAUGCGCAACAGCGUGAAUCGCGUGUUACUGAGUUUCAGAACAAUAGUAAGUGCCGUGUAGCCUUGCUAUCACUGACUGCCUGUGGUGUUGGUCUUAACUUAACGUCAUCUUCUACUGUAGUAUUCGCUGAAUUACAUUGGGUACCAGGUCAGAUGAUCCAGGCAGAGGAUCGUGCCCAUCGUAUGGGCACCAAGCACCGUAUUAUUAACAUUCACUAUUUGAUUGCUGAGGGGUCCAUUGAAGAGACUAUGUGGCGAGUUGUAAGCCGCAAGUGGGAGACCGUCACUGCUACACUGAACGGCGAGGUAUCUAACCUCGCGAUGACCAAAGAGUCUGAGAAGGCAUUUAUUAAUGAAAUGGCAGCUCAGUAUAAAAUUACUGAAUUACUAAAGUAGCGCCAUGUAACAUUAUCUAAUGCGUUAAUACAUACACUAAUGUAUUUU